AUGGAGCGGUUUAGAAGGCUUGUCAACUAUUUUGUGUUCCUGUCUGCAGUAUGGGAUGUCGCUCAUGUUCAGGACAGUGGAAUGCUCUUCCCUCGAGAGUCGUCUUCCCGAGAGAUGAAAGAUCUGAACGGGCUGUGGACCUUCAGAGCCGAUCUCUCGCACAACAGGAACCUGGGCUUUGAACAGGCAUGGUACAGAAGUCGCCUUGCAGAGGUAAACAUGAACAUCCAUUGUGUAAUAAACCAUUUAAACUAUGUAACAUGGAUAUUGUGUUAUUAAAUCGUCGCAAAAAAGCAUGUGGACUACGAGUCCUGUUUGUUCAGAAUAGUUAUCUGCCACGCCUUUAAUGCGUGGUCUAUUUGGGGAACAUUGAUUGAAUAAUCAUUUUGUUUGCAGACUAGCCCAUCUCUAGUCUGCAAAAAAACAGCUAAACUGUAGUCUAUGUUGAAACUUCACACCAACUAAAACUGUUUGUUUCGCUAAGUCUUUGCACGUAUUUGAGCUAAUACUUUGUGUAAACUGUCUUGAUGAUAAUUCAAGUCAUAAUGAUUGUAAAGUAAACAUUUGCUGUUAUUCAUUCCUCCCGCCCCCUUCUUUUUUCUUCUCUCUCUCACUCUAUUUGUAUCUGUUUGUCUAGACUGGUCCAGUGAUUGACAUGCCAGUGCCUGCCAGCUACAACGACAUCACCCAGGAUCCACGGCUGAGGGAUUUCAUUGGCUGGGUGUGGUAUGAGAGAGAGGUGUUGGUACCCUCACGAUGGCUGUCUGGUGAGGGAACCAGAGUCGUGCUGAGGGUCGGGAGUGCACACUACUACUCAGUGGCCGUGAGUAUUUCACAAAUCUUCUACCACUUGUUUUCAGCUCAAGAUUCUGCGGUCCUCUGUAGCUCAAUUGGUAGAGCACGGCGCUUGUAACGCCAGGGUAGUGGGUUCGAUCCCCGGGACCACCCAUACGCAAAAAUGUAUGCGCACAUGACUGACUGUAAGUCGCUUUGGAUAAAAGCGUCUGCUAAAUGGCAUAUUAUUAUUAUAAGUUGCCAUUCUGUAUCCCUUGUGUGAUAGCUGUAACUCCACAACCUCCUCUUGUUUGAGUUUAUCUGCAGUGUACAUCCCUCAUUGUAAAAGGUACAAUGUUGUGUAUGUGGGGAGAGUGGGGAGAACAAGUAUUUGAUACACUGCCGAUUUUGCAGGUUUUCCUACUUACAAAGCAUGUAGAGGUCUGUAGUUUUUAUCAUAGGUACACUUCAACUGUGAGAGACGGAAUCUAAUACAAAAAUCCAGAAAAUCACAUUGUAUGAUUUUUAAGUAAUUAAUUUGCAUUUUAUUGCAUGACAUAAGUAUUUGAUCACCUACCAACCAGUAAGAAUUCCGGCUCUCACAGACCUGUUAGUUUUUCUUUAAGAAGCCCUCCUGUUCUCCACUCAUUACCUGUAUUAACUGCACCUGUUUGAACUCAUUACCUGUAUAAAAGACACCUGUCCACACACUCAAUCAAACAGACUCCAACCUCUCCACAAUGGCCAAGACCAGAGAGCUGUGUAAGGACAUCAGGGAUACAAUUGUAGACCUGCACAAGGCUGGGAGGGGCUACAGGACAAUAGGCAAGCAGCUUGGUGAGAAGGCAACAACUGUUGGCGCAAUUAUUAGAAAAUGGAAGAAGUUCAAGAUGACGGUCAAUCACCCUCGGUCUGGGGCUCCAUGCAAGAUCUCACCUCGUGGGGCAUCAAUGAUCAUGAGGAAGGUGAGGGAUCAGCCCAGAACUACACGGCAGGACCUGGUCAAUGACCUGAAGAGAGCUGGGACCACAGUCUCAAAAACAAACAUUAGUAACACACUACGCCGUCAUGGAUUAAAAUCCUGCAGCGCACGCAAGGUCCCCCUGCUCAAGCCAGCGCAUGUCCAGGCCCAUCUGAAGUUUGCCAAUGACCAUCUGGAUGAUCCAGAGGAGGAAUGGGAGAAGGUCAUGUGGUCUGAUGAGACAAAGAUAGAGCUUUUUGGUCUAAACUCCACUCGCCGUGUUUGGAGGAAGAAGAAGGAUGAGUACAACCCCAAGAACACCAUCCCAACCGUGAAGCAUGGAGAUGGAAACAUCAUUCUUUGGGGAUGCUUUUCUGUAAAGGGGACAAGACGACUGCACCGUAUUGAGGGGAGGAUGAAUGGGGCCAUGUAUCGCGAGAUCUUGGCCAAUAACCUCCUUCCCUCAGUAAGAGCAUUGAAGAUGGGUCAUGGCUGGGUCUUCCAGCAUGACAACGACCUGAAACACACAGCCAGGGCAACUAAGGAGUGGCUCCGUAAGAAGCAUCUCAAGGUCCUGGAGUGGCCUAGCCAGUCUCCAGACCUGAACCCAAUAGAAAAUCUUUGGAGGGGGUUGAAAGUCCGUAUUGCCCAGCGACAGCCCCGAAACCUGAAGGAUCUAGAGAAGGUCUGUAUGGAGGAGUGGGCCAAAAUCCCUGCUGCAGUGUGUGCAAACCUGGUCAAGACCUACAGGAAACGUAUGAUCACUGUAAUUGCAAACAAAGGUUUCUGUACCAAAUAUUAAGUUUUGCUAUUCUGAUGUAUCAAAUACUUAUGUCAUGCAAUAAAAUGCAAAUUAAUUACUUAAAAAUCAUACAAUGUGAUUUUCUGGAUUUUUGUUUUAGAUUCCGUCUCUCACAGUUGAAGUGUACAUAUGAUAAAAAUUACAGACCUCUACAUGCUUUGUAAGUAGGAAAACCUGCAAAAUCGGCAGUGUAUCAAAUACUUGUUCUCCCCACUGUAUAUAGACUGUCACUCUGGCUACAUAGGAAUAACAGUCUAUAUUUCUCACACUUUUUUCGCUGCCAGUGGGUGAAUGCGAUCAAAAUAACAGAGCACGAGGGCGGCCAUCUUCCCUUCGAGGCUGAGAUAGGUGACGUCCUCCGAAAGGACCCAGGUGUGGCCUGCAGGAUCACCAUAGCUGUCAACAACACCCUGACUCUCCAGACCCUGCCCCCAGGGACCAUCCAACAUAUUGACGACCCCACCAGGUGAAGUGACUGACAGAUUUUACUUCCUUUCAAUGGGAAAAUAUAUUCAAAUGUUUUUAGCAAAUUGGGUGUAAUCUCACAUUCUCAGACAUUUAAUUUUAGAUGUUCUGGAGACCAAACCUAGAAAGGCUGAGGUUGAGGCUAAGUACGCAACAAUGCAUUCUCUGAUGUUUGAGGGGGAAGAAAUCUUGUUUUGGAAACCAAAUCCAAAUGUAAAUCUGUGUUGUGUCCAUAUAUUGUCUACAGGUAUCCUGCUGACUAUGUUGUGCAAAACACCAACUUUGACUUCUUCAACUAUGCUGGUUUGCACCGUCCUGUGGUGUUGUAUACCACUCCUAAGGCAUAUGUGGAUGACAUCACAGUGCUGACAACCUUUGCUGACAACAUUGGUGAGUGCAAAAAAAGCCAACAACACAUUUUCUCAUUCACUUGUUCAAAUGAUUGUUUAAGCCUAUUCAUUCCCCAGUUCAUCCAUUCCCCUGUUUACACUAUCGCGCCGACCAAAACCAUACCGUGCUGACUUGGCUAUUUCCUUUUCACAUUGUCCUUUUCUGCAUGAUUCCAGUAACUAUGGAAUGUUGUGAAAAACGGCACUAGUGUACUAAGGUGUUGUUGGUCUCUCCUGUUCUGCCCUUUGGUCUAGGGAUGGUCAGUUACCAGGUGUCAGUGCUGGGCAGUUCCAACGCCACGCUGAAGGUGACACUCUCAGACAAAGAUGGCCGCUCGGUUGCCUCCUCCACUGGACCCUCCGGGGUCCUCAAGGUGACGGACGUCAGCCUGUGGUGGCCGUAUCUAAUGCAUGAGAACCCAGGUUAUCUGUAUUCUAUGGAGGUAAGUUGGGUUAUGUUCGUAGUUGCAUUUCACAAGGCUUCGGUGAUCCAGUGUCUGUUCCUUUUUAGUGUUUGUUUUAUUUUAAUGUAACUUUUUAUCAAACGUAUGUGAACUACCAUGUCAUUUUAAUUAUACUGAACAAAAAUAUAAACGCAACAUGUAAAGUGUUGGUCCCAUGUUUCAUGAGCUGAAAUAAAAGAUACCCGAAAUUUUCCAAACGCACAAAAAGCUUAUUUCUCUCAAAUGUUGUGCAUUUCUUUACAUCCCUGUUAGUGAACAUUUCUCCUUUGCCAAGAUCAUCCAUCCACCUGACAGGUGUGGCAUAUCAAGAAGCUGAUUAAACAGCAUGAUCAUUACACAGGUGUACCUUGUGCUGGGGACAAUAAAAGGUCACUCUAAAAUGUGUAGUUUUGUCACACAACACAAUGCCACAGAUGUCUCAAGUUUUGAGGGAGUGUGCAAUUGUCAUGCGGACUGCAGGAAUGUCCCCCUGAGCUGUUGCCAGAGAAUUGAAUGUUCAUUUCUCUACCAUAAGCCGCCACCAACGUUGUUUUAGAGAAUUUGGUAGUAUGUCCAACCGGCUUCACAACCGCAGACCACGUGUAACCACGCCAGCCCAGGACCUCCACAUCCAGCUUCUUCACCUGCGGGAUCAUCUGAGACCAGCCACCCGGACAGCUGAUGAAACUGUGGAGUAUUUCUGUCUGUAAUAAAUCCCUUUUGUGGGGAAAAACGUAUUCUGAAUUGCUGGGCCUGGCUCCCAAGUGGGUGGGCCUAUGCCCUCUCAAGCCCACCCAUGGCUACGCCCCUGCCCAGUCAUGUGAAAUCCAUAGAUUAGGGCCUAAUGAAUUUAUUUCAAUUGACUGAUUUUCCUCAUACGAACUGUAACUCAGUAAAAUUGUUGCAUGUUGCGUUUGUAUUUUUGUUCAGUGUAUAUUAUUUAGAGAAAUAAAAGCACUUGCUAACCGUUUUCUAAAUAUUCAGUGGUUUGUUCUCAUGUAUUACCCUUUUCCGUGUGACGAGUCACCGCCACCAUGAACAUCGCCUUAGUUUGACAACUCAGCAUCACACCGUCGAUACUUCCUGUGUUGUUAAUGGGAGGGCGCUGACUGGAACUAUUCUCCUGGCUAGGGCUUGCUCAUGAGGGUGCAACAUUACAGAAUGUUCAGAUAGAAAUAUAUGGCCUAGAAAAUAUGAUUCUGUCGUGCAGAUUUGGUACUGUCAGCUCCCGAGUGGCGCAGCGGUCUGAGGCACUGCGUCUCAGUGCUUGAGGCGUCACUACAGACCCCCUGGUUCGAUUCCAGGCUGUAUCACAACCGGCCGUGAUUGGGAGUCCCAUAGGGGCGGCGCGCAAUUGGCCCAGCGUCGUCCGGGUUUGGCCGGUGUAGGCCGUCAUUUGUAAAUAAGAAUUUGUUCUUAACUGACUUGCUUUAGGUUAAAAUAAAACUCUUUACAUUUCUAUCUGCAACAUUCUGAACAUUCCACCUCACUGAACAUGCUCCUCAUCUAAUUUGUUUCCAGGUUCACAUGACGACAGGUAGCGAGGGUUCUGUCUGUGAGGAUGUGUAUGCUCUGGCUGUGGGCAUCCGCACUGUGCAGGUCACCAACACACAGUUCCUCAUCAACAACAAACCCUUCUAUUUCCAUGGAGUCAACAAACAUGAGGAUGCUGAUGUAAGUACUGAGUAGUACCACUAGAGGGCAGCAAAACACUGUUUUGUCUUGGGUGGACAACUGAUGUCCAGCAGGUUGUGUUACAUAUUUGCCAAGAUAUAGAAGUAAUGAAUGUUGAAGCUGAUUAGAAGUUUUUAUCAAUUUCUCUGUGUUUUUAACAGAAACUAUUUUCAGUAGUUCUCAGUCAUGCAUUUUGGAAUGAUCUUUUAAAGGGUCAAUGGAAAUAGGUCUCAACAGUUGCCCCUGCUUUCUGUGUCUGUGUGUCAGAUCCGAGGGAAGGGCCUGGACUGGCCCCUGAUAGUGAAGGAUUUUAACCUGUUGAAGUGGCUAGGGGCCAACUCGUUCAGGACCAGCCACUACCCAUACGCUGAGGAGAUCCUGCAGAUGGCAGACCGCCAUGGCAUCGUGGUCAUCGACGAGUGUCCCGGGGUGGGCAUCAAAGACAUGUAAGUCAUUGCCAUGGUGACAGUUUCUGUGAUCUCUCUGAAGGGUCAGUUAAAGGUUACACGGUCCCCAGGGGUGUAUUCAUUCAGUCGAUUCUUUUGCAAAACGUUUCUUCAACGGAACCAAAUGGAACCAAACAGGGAGGGCCCUACCUGAAUUUGUCCAAUAGAAACUCGUUUUGCUCUGUUUGCUUCCAUUUGGUUCUUAAACAGUAAACGGUUUCCGUAAUGAAUACACUGCUAGUGCAACGUUUGAAGAGAUAACUUCAGGUGUUUUCCACACAACGAGUGUGCCAGACAUUUUUUAAAGACACACUUUUAUUUUAAACCUCUUUACCAUUUUACCAUUUUAAUGGACAGUUAUUAUUAAGUGUAUACACCACAUAAAACUUAGCAAUAUUAAUCGAUGCUCUGCCCAUUACAUCAUGGAUAGAAUCUAGCAUCAGCAUUAAGUCAGGUCUUCUGUGUCUCUGGGACAGCCACUAACCCUGUGCCCUCUCUUGUCCGCCAGCCGUAGUUUUGGGAACGCCUCCCUGUCUCAUCACCUGGUGGUCAUGGACGAACUGGUGAGAAGGGACAAGAACCACGCCUCCGUGGUCAUGUGGUCUGUAGCCAAUGAGCCAGCCGCUGAGAUGCCCCCUGCUGGAUUAUAUUUAAAGUAAGAGAACGUUAGCGUUCAAUCACUUUCCGUGAAUGUGCGUCCUUGUUUCUUAAAAUGCACAUUCACAUAAUGGUGGAGGGACGUUGUAGUGAACAAAUUGUCAGUUAAAAACAAACGUCUUCUUCUCGGUUCUCACAUUAACGAGCUAAUGAUGACGUCAUAAAGGAAGGGAAACUGAGCAUUAAUGGUGACGUCAUAAAGGAAGGGAAACUGAGAAUUAAAGGUGACGUCAUAAAGGAAGGGAAACUGAGCAUUAAUGGUGACGUCAUAAAGGAAGGGAAACUGAGCAUUAAAGGUGACAUCAUAAAGGAAGGGAAACUGAGAAUUAAUGGUGACGUCAUAAAGGAAGGGAAACUGAGAAUUAAAGGUGACAUCAUAAAGGAAGGGAAACAGAAUUAAAGGUGACAUCAUAAAGGAAGGGAAACUGAGAAUUAAAGGUGAUGUCAUAAAGGAAGGGAAACUGAGAAUUAAUGGUGACGUCAUAAAGGAAGGGAAACUGAGAAUUAAUGGUGACAUCAUAAAGGAAGGGAAACUGAGCAUUAAUGGUGACGUCAUAAAGGAAGGGAAACAGAGCAUUAAUGGUGACGUCAUAAAGGAAGGGAAACAGAGCAUUAAUGGUGAUGUCAUAAAGGAAGGGAAACUGAGAAUUAAAGGUGAUGUCAUAAAGGAAGGGAAACAGAGAAUUAAUGGUGAUGUCAUAAAGGAAGGGAAACAGAGCAUUAAUGGUGAUGUCAUAAAGGAAGGGAAACUGAGCAUUAAUGGUGAUGUCAUAAAGGAAGGGAAACUGAGAAUUAAUGGUGAUGUCAUAAAGGAAGGGAAACAGAGCAUUAAUGGUGAUGUCAUAAAGGAAGGGAAACAGAGCAUUAAUGGUGACGUCAUAAAGGAAGGGAAACGGAGAAUUAAUGGUGAUGUCAUAAAGGAAGGGAAACUGAGCAUUAAAGGUGACGUCAUAAAGGAAGGGAAACUGAGCAUUAAUGGUGAUGUCAUAAAGGAAGGGAAACAGAGAAUUAAUGUUGAUGUCAUAAAGGAAGGGAAACUGAGAAUUAAAGGUGACGUCAUAAAGGAAGGGAAACUGAGCAUUAAAGGUGACAUCAUAAAGGAAGGGAAACUGAGCAUUAAUGGUGACAUCAUAAAGGAAGGGAAACUGAGAAUUAAUGGUGACGUCAUAAAGGAAGGGAAACUGAGCAUUAAUGGUGACGGCAUAAAGGAAGGGAAACUGAGCAUUAAUGGUGAUGUCAUAAAGGAAGGGAAACUGAGCAUUAAAGGUGACGUCAUAAAGGAAGGGAAACUGAGCAUUAAUGGUGAUGUCAUAAAGGAAGGGAAACAGAGCAUUAAUGGUGAUGUCAUAAAGGAAGGGAAACUGAGCAUUAAAGGUGAUGUCAUAAAGGAAGGGAAACUGAGCAUUAAAGGUGACAUCAUAAAGGAAGGGAAACUGAGCAUUAAUGGUGACAUCAUAAAGGAAGGGAAACUGAGCAUUAAUGGUGAUGUCAUAAAGGAAGGGAAACUGAGCAUUAAUGGUGACGUCAUAAAGGAAGGGAAACUGAGAAUUAAUGGUGAUGUCAUAAAGGAAGGGAAACUGAGCAUUAAAGGUGAUGUCAUAAAGGAAGGAAAACUGAGCAUUAAAGGUGACGUCAUAAAGGAAGGGAAACAGAGCAUUAAUAGAGAUAUUGUAGGCUAUGUGUUCUUAUUGGGGAGGACUACCUAGCAUCACCGAGGGCAGCUUGAGGAGGGAACCGGGCAAGGCCUUGAAGGCUACAAUUUCUCAGGUAUUUCAAGCAGCGUUGGUAUUGGCUUUUCAUCUGGAAAACCCACGCAUGUGUGUAUGAGUGCGUGGUGGUGGGUGGGUGUGUACUUUGCAUGCUUAUUCAUCAUAUGGCAGAGAUAAGUGUAUGGGUGAGUCUGAGCAUGUCCUGGUAGAAUGGCUUACUGGCGUGUGGAAUGCAGUCAGAGUACUACUGAACCCAAACAGCAGGAAUUUCCUCAUACAGUUUCUUGCCAUUACAGUACUUAACUAUGUGGUGUAGUCAUAGUCAACAAAGAGAGCCUGAUAUUAUAAGACUGAGUUGUUAGACUCAUUUUCUUCUUCUAGGUCCUUGACCCCUACCCUCUGACCCCUACCCCAUCUUGGAACAGGAAACAAUUGCUCUCACUAAAUGUUUUUGUUUUGUCUUUUCAGGACACUGAUAGCUCAUACCAAAUCUCUGGAUGUCACUCGACCUGUCACCUUUAUCACAGCCAGUAACUUUGCCAGGGACAAGGGGGUGAGACUUCACUGUGUUUCUCUGUUAUGAUUAUAAAGGAUUCUUCACAGAACUAUGGCUCUCUCAAUUUGCUUGUCCUCGAUUACUCGCAUCCUCCUUCUCGAAACAUAUUGAAAGACGAGGUCAGAGGGCGAAUUUUGGACCUCUUCCAAUGUGUUUUGAGAAGAGAGGAUCUGAAGAAUCGAGGAAAACUGAAAAAGAGCCUUAAGUCUCCCUAUUUGACUGUGCUUGUUGCCUAAAUAUAUAGCUAUUUUGAAGGCAUACCUAUGCCCUGAUUCAAUCAUCCUGGCUUACUGAGGUCUGACCCAGGAGGUCUGACUCUGCAGCCACAGCGACUCCCUGCUGCAGAUAACUCUGUAAGAGGAAUGUCUUACUGAAUGUCUUACCAGACGGUAGUUUAUCAGUGGUGUCAGUGACUAAGCUAAGCACGUCAGUUAUGACGGUAACAUUCCAUUCAUUACAAUGGCAAUUCAAUGCCAAUGAAGAUGUUUACCGUAACAAGUUGCCCAACACUGUACCAGUGGUUCUAUUUCUUCCUCUUCUCCCAUUGGAACACGUUUACACCUAGGCUCCACCAGUUAUCACCGUAACGUUCCAUACAUCACAACGGGAAUUCAAUGCCAAUGAAAUGUUGAUCGCCGUGACACCGUUAACCAUGUAUUUCUGCUCUUCUCGCCCCCAGGCUCCCUAUGUGGAUGUCAUCUGUGUGAACAGUUACUUCUCCUGGUACAGCGACCCAGGUCACCUGGAGGUCAUCCCCUUGCAGCUCAACACCCAGUUUGAGAACUGGUACGGGAAGUACCAGAAACCCAUCAUCCAGAGUGAAUAUGGAGCCGACGUGGUCCCAGGGAUACACACGGUGAGUAUUCCGGAACUUUCUUCGUUGUUCUACGUCACGUGUCAUGUCCUCACAGGACAGAAAACAGACAGAAGAACGUAAGGUAUUGUCUAAAGCAAACAGGCAUAUAUAUAUAUUUACUGAGAUUUCAAGGUCUCUCUUUGAGGCGAACAAUGGUCUGGAUACCAGUUUGUCAAAUGUGCUUGAACAAAGACCUCUGUCAAGCACCUAUAAUAUAUAAUAAUAAUAAUAUAAUAUGCCAUUUAGCAGACGCUUUUAUCCAAAGCGACUUACAGUCAUGCGUGCAUACAUUUUUUUUGUGUAUGGGUGGUCCCGGGGAUCGAACCCACUACCUUGGCGUUACAAGCGCCGUGCUCUACCAGCUGAGCUACAGAGGGGUAGAACACUGGUUGAAACCUAUGAAUUGAAAGUUUUUAAGUGGUUGAGCUUGAAUGAUCAGCAGAAAUAAAAGUUGGAAUGAAAAGCCACAUUGUUGUCUUUUUACAGGAUCCUCCCAUGAUGUUCACCGAGGAAUACCAGAAGAUAGUGUUACAGAACUACCAUGGUGUGUUUGACCGGAAGAGGAAGGAGUAUCUCAUCGGAGAGCUCAUCUGGAACUUCGCUGACUUCAUGACAGCACAGAGUAAGGAGGAAUUAAUAAAUAACUGGAAUAGAUUGAAUGUGUCGUCACACCAACCAUUCUUGUCAAACCUACCAUUGAAGCUGGUUGUCAUACCAUUGCCUGUUUAGUUCAGCUAAUAUUUGUCUUUACUCAGGGCUCCAUUCAAUCCGUAUCGCAGAACUUCAGCGCUGUAGCGCGAUUUAAAUUGAAAGGCAAUGUUCCAGCGUUGGCAUUUGCAUUUUACAUUUUACUCAUUUAGCAGACGCUCUUAUCCAGAGCGACUUACAGUUAGUGAGUGCAUACAUUUUUCAUACUGGCCCCCCCGUUGGAAAUGAACCCACAACCCUGGCGUUGCAAAGCGCCAUGCUCUACCAACUGAGCUACAGGGUGAAUUCACGGUCAACUCUGCAUACAGUAUUUUCGGCUCAACCGGAAAUUACCUUUACAUUUCAAUCGCAUUAUAGCGAUGAACUUCCGCCAUACCGAUUUUGAAUGGAGCCCUGAGUAAAGACAAAGAUUAGCUGAACUAAACAGGCAAUGGUAUGACAACCAGCUUCAAUGGUAGGUUUGACAACAAUGGUUGGUAUGACGACACUUUCAACCUAUUCCAGUCCUACAGGUUAUUUAUUUCCCUGAGUAAGGAAGAGUUAGUAGUGUGAUGGUGGGGGCAGUAGAAGUUGAAACCAGGCCAGUGAUUUGAAAACGGUGCUGAUAUUUAUGUGAAUUGUAUUUAAAGCUCCCAGUGUUUGGUAAGCUCCGAGUCAGCAGGAGUCGGUGUGGCACACCAGGACGGUUUACACCAGGGAUCAUCAACUGGAUUCAGGCGCGGGACGAUUCUUUCUUGAGCGGAUGGUCAGGCGGCCGGAACAUAAUUUAAAUAUAAUUUGUAGACUGCAAAUUGACAGAUAAAAAUAUAAUAAUUUCAAACCUUGCUUACUUUUGUAUACGAUCACAUACGGUACCAGUCAAAAGUUUGGACACACCUACUCAUUCAAGGGUUUUUCUUUAUUUUUACUGAUUUCUACAUUGUAGAAUAAUAGUGAAGACAUCAAAACUAUGAAAUAACACAUAUGGAAUCAUGUAGUAACUAAAAAAGUGUUAAACAAAUCAAAAUAUAUGUUAUAUUUGAGAUUCUUCAAAGUAGCCACCCUUUGCCUUGAUGACAGCUUUGCACACUCUUGGCAUUCUCUCAACCAGCUUCACCUGGAAUGCUUUUCCAACAGUCUUGAAGGAGUUCUCACAUAUGCUGAGCACUUGUUGGCUGCCUUUCCUUCACUCUGUCGUCCGACUCAUCCCAAACCAUCUGAGGUCGGGGGAUUGCGGAGGCCAGGUCAUCUGAUGCAGCACUCCAUCACUCUCCUUCUUGGUCAAAUAGCCCUUACACAGCCUGGAGGUGUGUUGGGUCAUUGUCCUGUUGAAAAACAAAUGAUAGUCCCACUGUUGAGAUGUGUCUGUUACUUCAACUCUGUGAAGCAUUUACUUGGGCUGCAAUUUCUGAGGAUGGUAACUCUAAUUAACUUAUCCUCUGCAGCAGAGGUAACUCUGGGUCUUCCAUUCCCGUGACGGUCCUCAUGAGAGCCAGUUUCAUCAUAGCGCUUGAUGGUUUUUGCGACUGCACUUGAAGAAACUUUAAAAGUUCUUGAAAUGUUCCGUAUUGACUGACCUUCAUGUCUUAAAGUAAUGAUGGACUGUCGUUUCUCUUUGAUUAUUUGAGCUGUUCUUGCCAUAAUAUGGACUUGGUCUUUUACCAAAUAGGGCUGUCUUCUGUAUACCACCCCUACCUUGUCACAACACAACUGAUUGGCUCAAACACAUUAAGAAGGAAAGAAAUUCCACAAAUUAACUUUUAAGAAAGCACACCUGUUAGUUUAAAUGCAUUCUUAGUGAAGCUGGUUGAGAGAAUGCCAAAAGUGUGCAAAGCUGUCAUCAACGCAAAGGGUGGCUAUUUGAAGAAUCACAAAUAUAAAAUAUAUUUUGAUUUGUUUAACACUGUUUUGGUUACUACAUGAUUCCAUAUGUGUUAUUUCAUAGUUUUGAUGUCUUCACUAUUAUUUUACAAUGAAGUAAAUAGUAAAAAAUAAAGAAAAACCAUUGAUUAACUAGGUGUGUCCAAACUUUUGACUGGUACUGUAUAUCUCUCUAUCAUGCGUGGGAAUACUUUGGAACAUAUUUCCUAAAUUAAAAUCACUUGGAGCUGAUUUGCUGGUGUUUUUACUUGGGCCGGGACGAUACCAGUAUCGCAAUACUCGUUAGUAUCGUGGCAAGGAAACAAAACACGAAAUAAAACACGAAGCCGAUUUAACUUCUUUAGGAAAACAGCACUAAUGUUGGAAGCAAACAUUAUGUUGUCAUCCAGAGUCACAUGUAUUUAUUUUCCAAGCUACACAAGAUCAAAGACUGUGGUUUGCUUCGUGUUUUCAUUUUUGCCACGGAAAAAAACAUUGCGAUACUGGUAUCGUCCUGGCCCUAGUUUUUAGUAUUUUUUGUAAAAAAAAAAUAAUUACAUAUUCCAAAUGCUUCAUAAGUAAAUUGUUAAUUUCAAGCAAUUUUGACAUGCCAAAAGACCAAUAGGUCUAUGCUAGUAAUUGUUGCUUGAUGCCCCAUUGCUGGUGAGCUUGCAAAGUAAACAGUUCAUAUUCUUGAUCACCAAACUAUUUUUGGAGCCGCAUAUUCAUUUAUGGAAAUCCUCUCUCCCUACCAUGUGAUGUUUAUGCAGCACCCGAGCCAAUCACUAUACAGCAAAUCAACAAUCUGUUGGCUUUCAAACUUUUUGACCUGCGACCCCCAAAAAGCAGUGGUUCAAAGCUUUCGACGUAAAUGUAGCCCGUCAUUACAGCCAUAAACGGCAAUGCAUUUUCAAAACUUUAAGAUACAGAAAUAAACUGUGUUUUACACCUGCAUUUUUUUGUUGUUGCUGAAAGUCAUUCAUGUUAGCAGCCAAUAAUCACUUCUCUGGUGUCCAGAGCAAGCAGAAUCACACGGCCUGCAUCUAUGCAGUGGAGGUUGCCGGAUCAGAUGGAAAGCAUGUUCUGUCUGCGCCGCGCAUGAUCACUUUGGACAGCCUGGUCUCAUAGACUGGAUGUAACAAUACAGGACACUCAAAUUAGUAUGAUAUGUUAUGUUUGGUAUGGUCAGUGGUCUAAAGUACUUACGUAAAAAUACUUUAAAGUACUACUUACAUUCCUAAAGAAAAUAAUGUACUUUUUACUCCAUACAUUUUCCCUGACACCCAAAAGUACUCGUUACAUUAUAUAUGAAUGCUUACCAGGACUGGAAAAUGUCAAAUUCACACUUAUCAAGAGAACAUCCCUGGUCAUCCCUACUGCCUCUGAUCUGGCGGACUCACUUAACACAAAUGCUUCGUUUGUAAAUUAUGUCUGAGUGUUGGAGUGUGCCCCUGGCUGUCCAUGAAUAAAUAAAAAAAACUAGAAAACUGUGCCGUCUGGUUUGAAUACUUUCUGAAGGCACUGUGUACUCGAGUCACGUGCCUCGAGUGAGUCUACACCUCUGGAAUUUGGUGGUGUUGAAUUUGUUGAUAGUUCCCCUGUUUGCUUGUCUUCUGUAACAGAGUAAUGUACAGAUCUAUAGGGCUGAAACAUUUUGUUUAGGAAAUUAACCUUUUCCUUCUCUCUCUGCAGCGGUGACCCGCGUGGUGGGCAACAAGAAGGGAAUCUUCAGCCGGCAGAGGCAGCCCAAAGCUGGGGCCUUCCUCCUGAGGGAGAGGUACUGGAGGCUGGCCAAUGAGACGGGCUUGCUGCCCACCUGGGCCAGGUACCCCUGCUACCUGGCCACAUACCCCUGACAUACCUGGGUCGUAUUCAGUAGCGCAAAACCCUGCACAUUGUAACAAAACAUUUCAAAACGUUUUGCAACCGAAAAACAAAAACAAGCAUUUCUUAUUGGACGAGUCCAGGUUGUCCUUCUCUGUUUUGUUCCGUUUGGUGCC